AUGGAGCUGCGCAGCGGAGCGAUUCUCCCCGGCCCCGUGCCCGUCCCCAUAACGGCGGCGGAGCAGCACGCGGACGGGUGGUUCCGCGAGGGCGUGCGCCUGGUGUUUGCGCGCUGGACUGCGCUGCAGCUGGCGGUGGAGAAUCAGUGGGGCGGCGGAAGGAGCGCGGAGAAGGCGCAACACAUGCAGGCGGACCUGGUGCAUUUCUGCUACAGCAAGCGCGGAGCGGUGUACGGGGACGAGCUGGAGGAGUGGCUGGACGAGGCGACGGUGAGGGACUUCAACAUGGAGGUGGAGGAUGGGAGCCUCAGAGAGGUGGCAGAUAAGGUAGUUGAGGUGUUCAAGGCUUGUCGAGACGGCAGUUUCACUCUCGUGCAGCAGCUGCAAGCAGAGGAGGCAGCCGCUGCUGCCAAGGGAAGGCGAGCGGCACUGCAGCAGAGCAAAGCGGCAAACCGCAACGCAUACAGCGAUGACAGUGAUUCUGACGUGGAGGAAGUGGGGAACGGAGGAGCCAUGGAUGAAGAUGCGCCAGGAAGGGGUGCUGGGAUGGGAGCUUCUGGUUCGGGAUCGCAUAGAGCUGCUAAAGAAACUCCUCCGGAGCCGUUGCUGACACAAGAGGAGGUGGCCGACGGUCGACAGUUUCGUGCUGCACCCCUAGCCAGAAACGCGGAGAGUAUCGGGGAGCAGAGGUACUCCAGAAGAGAACCUACAGCAGCCGCUCUUGCUUCACAAGGCGAUGUCUCUACCGAGGGCUUGGAGCUGACUGAGGAAAACGUUGAGAAGGUUCUUGACGAGGUUCGACCGUACUUGAUGGCGGACGGCGGCAAUGUGGAACUGUACGACAUUGACGGUCUCGUCGUGAAGCUGCGGCUUCAGGGUGCGUGUGGCUCGUGCCCGAGUUCCACAAUGACCAUGAAGAUGGGGAUCGAACGGAGGUUGAUGGAGAAGAUUCCAGAAAUAGUCUCUGUCGAGCAGAUCACGGACCAAGAGACGGGCCUUCCACUGGACGAGGAGAAUGUGGAAAAGGUGCUGUCCGAGAUCAGGCCAUAUUUGGUAGGAACGGGUGGUGGGGAGCUGACUCUUGUGAAGAUUGAUCCGCCGAUUGUGAAGGUCAGGAUCGAUGGGCCCGCAGCAGGAGUAAUGACGGUCAGAGUGGCUGUUACUCAAAAGCUCAGGGAGAAAAUUCCAUCGAUUGCUGCUGUACAGUUGCUUUGA